CCCAUCAACAUCUUCACAAGUAUGUCUCGUCCAACUCGAACGAUACAGCCCAAGAAGGGCAUUAACAAGCGCAAGCUUAUGAACUCAAUGGUCAACAUUCCAAGCACCAACCCAGACCCGCACUAUCGCUACAAAAUGCCUGCGCUUGAAAUUCGCAUUAAUCCUGCACGGAUCAGGACUAACAACCUGAAGAGAGAGCCUGUCGAGGUCCCUGCCUCAACACAAAUCCAAAACCUAGCCCCAAUUGCCAAGGCUCUCAAUCGACCCGUCGAAUACCUUUCAAAAUACUUUGAGCUUGAACUCGAAAUGCAAGGCGUCAUGGAGGAUCGACAACGCUGGUUCAAGCUUUGUGGAGGCGAACUCACUGAACACGAACUCAUGAUGGUUCUCGAUAAGUUUAUCCGACGAUUUGUACUUUGCUACAUUUGCAACAACCCCGAGACUGCUUUAACCAUCUUCAAUAGCUACAUUGUGAAAGAAUGCGGUGCCUGUGGGCAAAGUACACGUGUCGAUCGAUUCUCAAAGUUGACACGCUACUUGCUUCGAAACAGAAACUUUGGCAUAGGAUUUGCGCCUGUUUCUGUUGAUGCUACGAGGUAAAUCAUUGACGCGUUCACUACAUGUGCUAUAUUUAUCCAGCCAAAGAAAAUUAAAUAGCAGACUCGCAUAAUUUCUCCGCAGGUGUCGGUUUCUGAAAGAGGGAGUGACCACGACAGCAAAGGGGACGGUCAUGAAUGGCGCCUCAGGAUUUAAGAAUGGCGUCAAAGUUGCCACGGAUGCGGAAAUAGAGGAUAAUGAGGAAGACGAUGAUGAAGAUGA